AUGACCAGAUUCUUUCACUCGGCGGUGCGCGAGCUCUUUGAAGAGGUCGAUCUCUCGCUCACGUCGCCACGUUUGAGCCGCCACGUCGACCAAAUGACCCGCCGCCAGUGGCGCCACGAUAUUGUCGACAAGAAGGCAACCUUUGAUCAGCUGCUGGCGGCCACCAAGGCGUCGCCCACGUACGAUGCACUCCUGCCGUACAAGCAGCUUAUAACGCCCGUGACGUCGCCGCAUCGCUUCAACACGUGGUUCUUCCUCGCCCAAGUUGGCGCCGCCGACGUUGCCGAGGCGGAGAUUCUGCCCUUGGGCACGGAGCUGGACGAGCUCUUGUGGCUCACGCCCGACGACGCGUGGUCGGGGUACCUGGACGGCGACUUCAACUUCGCAACGCCGCAGCUCUAUCUGCUGCACGACCUCCGGCGCUUUGGAAGCGUCUCGGCGCUCAUGGAGCACACGAAGCGAACGGCACAUCAGCCGUCCGAGCCGCUCUUGGCCCAGCGUCUGCCCAUCGAGGUACACAAGUUGUCGUCUGUUGGCCUGUAG